AUGUUGGGGGUUGGGUGUUCUUUGGAAGGCUCGGGUACCAUUGCUACUUCGCUGGCUGGGUCUGUGGCUACCACUACCAUCGCCACGUCUAGUGGAUGUAGGGUGGUGAUGAACAAUGAGCCGUUUUAUUUCCUGUUGCAUUUCACGGAUCCCACGGUGAAGAAUGAUCGAUUGGCAAUCUCCGAAACGGCGGGGKGCUCCAUAAGAAGGAAUCCUGUAAAUGCGUUUUCGUUUUCAUCGCUUGAGAAUAUCAGCAGUCCGCUGGAAUUUUUUAUUGGUGAUGCUGUGGAUCCUGGAUUGUUGAGUUUGGGUGACUCGGUGGCUGGAGAUGAUUAUUUCCAGCUUGAUGAGUUUAUGCCUGAUAGUGCUGUUUUGGGCUUUAAGCUGCCAGGACAGUUACAUGAUAUAGCAACCGAGUUGGUUGAGACGUCGAGAUCCAUGAGCCUUGACGCCGGGAAUGAACAAAGCAUGCUCGACAUGACAGACUUGGAUGCGCUGUUCUCGCUUGACAAUCUCACCGUCUUCAUCACGGCGUUCUUCCAUUCGCUGCAUUGGCAUAUGCCCGUCGUGCACUGCCCAACCUUUGAUCCCGCCAAUGUCUCAAACAGUCUUUUACUUGCAAUCUUCCUAGCUGGUGCGGUCUACACGAUCCCCUUCAACGGCACCAAUCUAUCACUGCCCGCAUCCCUCCUUAGCGUAGCCGAAGAAUACGUCUUCCGCAAGGUCGCGAAUCUAUCUACUUCAACGAUCCUUGCCGACCAACCUGUCCAGGGAUACGCGAUUGAAACAGUUCAGGCAGCACUUAUACUCGAAAUGCUGCAGUUCUCACAGGGCGAUCCGCUGAUCCGACGACGGAUCAGGAUUCGACACCAGGCGCCGGGUGUAUGUGAUGAGGGGAAGUGGAGGGAGCUUGCGGUUGAGGAGGUUUGUAUCAGGGUUGCAUGCUGGACAUUUCUUGCCGACGGCUUCUUGACCGUCUGCUUCAAGAAUCAUCCCCAACUCACAAUUUUCGAAAUGGACUGUGAUUUUCCAUGGAGCACGGAACUGUUCGAGGCUGAGAAUGUGUCUUUGUUCAACGACGUUGUCGCAACUCAGACAACUGGGCAAUCGCUUCCUACGCUACGAAAAGUCGCGGAGAGCCUACUCCAGAUGCCGUCGUCGAAUAACCGCAUAUCUUGGGACCGAUUGUUAUCUGUUGAGCAUUUUCUCAUGCUUAUAUACGCAAUGAACUCCCUCGCCUUUCAGGCACGAUCCGGCCUGCUGGGCUUUCUAUCAAUCGAUACCAUCAAACACGCCGCCAUGAAUUGGAGUAAACUCUGGAAGUCGGUUUCAAGUCAUUUCCAUCAAAAGCCAACGACGACGGAACAAAAUCUCCAUCUGGGAUACCCGAAACAUGCAGAGGAACUAUGGUGGUUGCUGAUGACUACGCUUGAUGUCGUUGCCAACAGCGACGACGAGACGAAAAAUGGGAAGAGAUUUCAGUAUCUGGAUAGUGUUGCGACUGAUGAUUUGGGAAAGUUGAAUGAGUUUAUUCAGUUUGCGGUGCCGAGGGUGUAA